AUGUACGACCAUCAUAUAUGGGUAGAAUUGGAGGAUCGGUUGUCCAACGACCAGUGCACGAUCGGACAAGAACCAGAGCAGCCAAGUACGAGUCCCGUCAACGCUACGCAGUCGGCCGAUUUCCGCGCUGUGAACUAUGGAUGGUUCUCCAAGCAGAACCAAACAGAACCAAACUUAGAGUCGCUAAAAAUUUCCCUCUGUGUCUACGACAUCCAAAUCGUUGCAGACGCUGACCAUCUGACCAUCGACCACCUGCUGUCAGCCGAUGCUCGGAUCGACAUUGACGCUAUGAUUCCGCUACCGAUGCCAAAGGACAUCAUCCGACGUCACCAUCCGUUUAUUAUGGGAGCCCACAACGAAAAUGUCAGCAAGAUGAUGGAGGAAACCGGAUCGAAGAUCAACAUUCCGCCGCCGUCGGUUCAGAAGGAUGAGAUCAUCAUCACCGGCGAGAAGGAAGGAGUACUCCAAGCGAAGACACGCAUCGAAGCCAUCUGUAAGGAGAUGGAAAAGAAGUGUACCAGUGUAGGCGUUGAGGUUCCUCGGGCCCAGCACAAGUACAUCGUUGGUCCGAAGGGCUCCACCAUUCAGGAAAUCUUGGCGAUGACCGGCGUAUCUGUUGAGAUGCCGGCUAGUGACUCUCCCAACGAUACCAUCACUCUGCGCGGCCCCCAGGACAAGCUCGGAAAUGCUUUGAGCGUUGUGUACCAGAAAGCGAACUCCGUGCGUACAACUACGCUUGAGUGUCCCCAGUGGAUUCACAAGUAUAUUAUUGGACGCGAGGGUGGCCAUAUUAAGGAAUUCACUGCGCAGUAUCCCAACGUACAUGUGGAGUUCAACGAAGACAGGAUCAAGAUCGAAGGCCCGCCGGAUCAGGUGGAAGCUUCUUCGGAAGCGCUGGAGAAAAUGGUCAAGGAUUACACUGGGCGUCUAACCUUUACCGAAAUGGUGGUUGAUCCGAUCUACUGCAAGCACAUCAUCGGUAAGAACGGAGCCAACAUCAACCGUAUGAAGGAGGAAUACGAGGUCUUGAUCAACAUUGACGAGAAGGACUUGAAACCGAUCCGCAUCGAAGGACCGGCCGUCGGUGUUGAAAAGGCUAAGCAGGAGCUGCUUGAAAAGAUAGCGAAACUGGAAAAUGAAAAGGAAGAGUCGAUCGUUAUCGAUCAUCGUCUGUUCAAGACGAUCAUCGGUGCGAAAGGCGAAACGAUUCGGGAAAUCCGUGACAAGCAUAACCAGGUGCAGAUUAUCUUCCCCGGAGCAACCGACAAGUCGGAUAUUGUUAAGAUCCGUGGCCCACGUGAAGAUGUUGACAGGUGCCACAAGUAUCUGACCAAGUACGUUAAGGAACUGCAGAAGAACUCCUUCGUGAUGGAAGUCCCUAUCUUCAAGCAAUUCCAUAAGUACAUCAUUGGCAAGGGUGGAGCCAACAUCAAGAAGAUUCGUGAUGAAACCCAAACGAAAAUCGAUCUUCCAGCAGAGGGUGACAAGAACGAAGUGAUUGUCAUCACUGGCAAGAAGGAAAACGUUAAGGAAGCUCGCGAUCGUAUUCAGAAGAUUCAGGAAGAACUAGCGAACAUCAUCACCGAGGAGAUCCAGAUCCCACCCAAGUACUAUAAUUCGUUGAUCGGAUCCGGUGGCAAACUGAUUUCUUCCAUCAUGGAGGAAUGCGGUGGAGUUUCAAUCAAGUUCCCCAGUCCGGAAUCGAAGAGCGAUAAGGUGGCCAUCCGUGGUCCUAAGGAGGAUGUCGAACGGGCUAAACUUCAGCUGGUCGAGCUGACCAACGAGAAGGAACUCUCUUCCUACACUGCCGAGGUUCGUGCCAAACCGCAGCACCACAAGUUCCUCAUUGGCAAGAACGGCGCUUCCAUCAAGAAGAUCCGCGAUCAAACAGGUGCUCGCAUCAUCUUCCCGGGUCCCAACGACGAGGAUAAGGAGGCCAUCACCAUCAUCGGGAAAAAGGAGGGUGUUGAUGAGGCCAAGGCCCAGCUGGAGUCGAUCAUCAAAAAUAUCGACAACAUUGUUGAGGAUGAGAUUAACGUGGAGCAGAGGCACCACAAGCAUUUCGUGGCUCGCCGUGGCGAGGUGCUGCACCGUAUUUCGGAGGAAUAUGGUGGCGUGAUGAUUUCUUUCCCCCGCUCGGGUGUGGACAGUGACCGGGUGACGCUCAAGGGUGCCAAGGAGUGCAUUGAGGCCGCUAAGGCUCGCAUUCAGGAGAUCGUCGAGGAAUUGGAGCAGAUGGUUACGAUCGAGUGCAUCAUUCCGGCUCGCCAUCACCGCAUCGUUAUGGGCAAGGGUGGUUCCAAGGUGCGAGGAAUCACGUCGGGGUCACCAUUUGUUCCCGUUAACGGCAACAAGACUCGGUUUCCGAGAAUUUAA